ACGUCAUUCAACUUGACCAGCUGAUUUCUGUUUCUUCGGUGUGUAGAAAACUAAACAUACACAGGCGAAAGGAGUUUAGUGAUUGUGCCGGAUGAGAACUAAAAAAAUUUAUUAAAAUCUGACAAAUUACAAAAUCGUAGGGUGUGAAGUGACAGGACGACAACUGCAUGUCCAAAAGCGAAACAUAAACUUAUAAUGAUUUGCAAAUAAAGAUUUUAAGCCUGAUAGUCGGUUACCAAAACUUUAUCAUCAGAAUGAAAGAACAAAAACUGUUGCUAAUACUCUCACAGUCACUAAUUGGCACCGGCUUUUUCUUUCUGUACGUGCAGCAUGUGCGUUCAAUAUUUGAGUCCCGUACCAACAUUGCACAUUUAACACAAUUAGAGCGAGAGUCAUUGCUGCGUCGGGAGGAUUCUCUGUACUAUUCAUUUUAUAAGACACUCACGGAAGAAACAGACUUCUGGAGUGGCUACCAUAAACUAAAAAAUGUAACUGGCAUUGAAUACCCACAAAGCGUAAAUGUACUGCAGCGAUUCCAUGUCCUUCCCGAACUGGCAAUAGGUUACCUAUACCACCUGCUAAGGCGCUACGCAUUCAACGAAAAUUUCCCGAUUUUUAGCUGUUGGCGUGGCAACGACAUCCGGUUGCCUUUGGAGCAUCAACACUGUGAUGGCUUUGGACAACCAAUGCAAUUCUACUUAGAAUGUGUAUGGCUUCUGGGUGGGCUCACUGUACUAGUCAUAUACAUGUAUGGGACGUUACUCAGUGAAAAUAUUUUUGGUGGCAUUUAUGCAGUGGUUUCGUACAUUAUGUUUCACAGUUUUGCGUCGAAAAUCUACGAUUCUCCUAUGGCACGUGAAAACUUUGCAUUUCCAAUUAUUUUCAUGCAAAUGUUCUACCUUUGCUUAUGUAUUGAUAGAGUGACGGAACGCAGAGAAUAUCACAUGCGAGUUUUCAUUAACAUCAAAUUGACGCUAUUGACAACUCUCGCUCUUAUUUGUUGGCAGUUCUCUUCCAUCAUAUUUGCUACGCAAGUUCUCAUUAUGAUGACUCCUUGGACAUUAAGUUCAGUGUCGGAAGCGGUUUCUAGUGCAUUCACUAUUGAUUAUGCGACGUCGCAGCUUGUUGCCAAUAUUUUAGCUUACUACUGCUCAUUUUGCAAUAAAAAAUACAUAUUUGCUUGGCAAAUCGGCCCGGCAAUUGGACUCUUGUUCAUCAGUAUCGGACGCAGACUAAAACCUCAAACACCCAACAGCGGCUUUUCACUUAAAACCAUCUGGCCCGGUUUGUUAAUGGCAUUCAGCGCACAGGGAACCUUAAUUGAUCUGUUGGAAAAAACAGGUUUAGCACGAUCUGUAGACAACGGGUUUGCUUUGUACCGUGAUUUAAUAGUGCAUUGGGGUUUACAGGCAAAAGUAAAUUUUACCACCAGUCUUGCGGCAUGCAAUUCAUCUUACCAACGAUUGAACGUUGCCGAUUUGUGGGAGCUUAUAAAAACUCUUAUUGUAAAGCCGUAUUGCAUGUACGGUGUGGUGAUGUUAGCAAAGUUCUUUCGCAAAUGGCGCAAAGGCAGUGAAAAGAAAACCCCAAGUAAAGAUAAUGUAGAGCGAGCAAAAAAAUAUAUACUUGAAGAUUUUUUGGAAGAAAAUCACGUUUCCAUGCGAGAUAUGUCUAAUAAAGAGACUGAGAACGAUUUAAAUGAAUGUUUAAAACUGCUGGAAGACUGUGAUUACGAUUAUGACCGCUACAAAUUGGAGAAAACUAAAUGGAAAAGCAGCAAAAAUGAUGAGCACGAGGAGUUUAUAAACAAUAUUAAGUUACUGAAGGAGCAGAUAAAAGAGCGAAAUCUGCAAAGAGAACUUGAAAAUCUGCAAAUUCCAAAUGCUAAAACAGAAAACUCCGGAGAGCGACAUAGUAUUAAUAAAGAUCCGUCCAUAAAUAAAGAUACAACAAAAGCAAAAGAUACUAUUGAAACGAAUAGUGAUCCAAAAGCCUCCGAAGACCGUGCAUCAGCAGGCACUGGUGACGGCGAUGAUGCAGUUGCAAGUGAUAAAAUCGGCGAGGGUGUGAAGAGCACUCGUCGGACGCGCUCUAAAAUUUCGAACUGCGGAGCUUCCAGAGCUGAUUAUCAGAGCGAUAUAUUCAGCUUCCACUAUUUAUAUAGCUUCAUACAAAUGCUCGUGUUUACAGCACUUGGCCUUAGUAUUAAAAAAUUAUUCUUCCUAUGUUUCACUCAAGGUUGUGUUAUUGCGCCGACAAUAUGCUCCAAGUUUUGGUAUCGCAAGCAACGCAAUAUGUUUUGGACAGUAUCGUUGACAGUUUUUUUAGCCAGUAUGGUGAAUCCAGGUUUACUGAAUAUACGCGAGGAAUACUUUCCUACCCGACAGGGUUACGCUAACGAUGAUUUGGACAGCAUGUUAGAGUGGAUUACAAUGAACACAGAACGAGAUGCUGUUUUUGCAGGUCCUGUUGACAUUAUAGGCACGGUGCACUUAGUUACUAGAAGACCGAUUGUAAACCACGCGCAUUUGGAGAUGAGGCAUAUCAAUGAACGAACUGAGCAUGUCUACUCGGUGUUUAGUCGUCAACAGUCAUCUGAUAUUUAUAAUCAAUGCUCACAACUGAAAGUGCAAUAUUUGAUUAUAUCCAUUCAUGACUGUAGCAAUGAGAUUCGUGAUGAAUGCGACUUGCUGUCCAUAUGGGAUGAUAUACAGCCGUCAUAUCGCAAGUAUCCGCAGUUUUGUUCCGAAUUGGCGAGCAAGAACAUACCGAGUUUCUUGAAAGUAUUCUCAAAUGAUUACUAUGGUAUUAUUAAGAUGUUUUCGCAGAGUGUACAGAUUAAUUUGAAGCACAGUAAGAUGCCCGAAAAAGUAAUGUAGCCAUGUGGGUGAGUGGGCUUUGAAUGUAGGGUAGCGGGUAAAAAUGGAUAAUGUCAAUUAAGUUAUUUUAUUUUUACAUAAAACCAUAAAACUAGUUCUAUUCAUAUUUUAUAUUUAUGAUAAUUUUGACGUGAGACUUUUUAAGCUUUUAUUUACUUUAAUGAAAAAUAGUAUCGUAUAAACAAUUGCUGUGGUUAUGUAUAUAAAAAGCCAAAAUCUUUUUAAGACAAAUAAAAUUGAAUGCCACGUUUCUUAUUCCUAAUGAAUAAAUUGAAAAUUUUGUGAUGGUUUUCAUCCCGCUUUGAAGUUUAAAUAUGCACAUUUACUUUAAAUUUUUUACCGUGUAAAUGGACAUGAAACACGAAACUUGAAACGUAAAUACAUAAAUUUGUUUAAUCCAAUUAUAAAUUGAAGAUCGGUGUGUUAUUAGUGUGAAACUAUUAAUGCUCUGAUUCAUAAUGACACUUUCGAGCUUAAAGUCUAAGUGUUCCUUGAAGUAAGCAUUGCUUUUGCCCUGCUUCUAAACGAUUUAAAAUUUCUGAUAUAUUUUUCACGUCAAAUGCUUAUCUGCAUUUUUUAUUAGACUGCCCUCUUGCAUUCCAAUUCAGGCUAUAGAUAAUGCUUAACAAGAAAUAUAAAUCUAAUAAGUGAAAUGAAAAUAGCAGUCAAGUGAGCUGUUCGUUGCUUUGAUAUCUAAGACAAUUUGGCAAUAACAAACUGUUCAUAAAUCAUUUUAUUUUCGGAGACUUUUAUGUAGUAAUCAUAUAUGCUUGGUAAUUUUGUGCACUGCCCAUAAAUAACGGAUUUUAAAAUAAAGCUAAUUUGGAAAAAAGUCAAUCCUUAUUACGCUGCAACAAAACUCAUAUUUAAAUCAAGUCCACAUCCACAAUUUCUGUGCUUAGGAGGAAGGUGACGUACUACAAAACUACUCUAAGAGCUGAUUGCAAAUAUUUUCUAAAGUCUAUUUUUAAAUACGUUUUCAUGUUUCCUCGAAGUUUUUAAAUAUACUUUCCGAGCAAAUAAAUUGGCAGUGACAUUAGAAAGCAAAUUGAAAACUUUCCCAACAACUCGAUAUACUCAAGUUUUACUGGAAUAAUUUAUUCAAUUAAAUUUAUACAUUUUAUUCAAUUAAGUAAUAGCUUGGGAGUCGCACAGUGUUCGUUUAUAUGUAGAAAUGCGUGUAUAAAAAUUAUUUAGAAAAGAGCUAAGUAUGAUGAAAAAAGUGUGUUGAGCGUUGCACGUUGAAGAAAUUUUGUUAAAAUUAUUAAUAAAUAUUCUAAAUGUUUUGUUUGUAAGUGAAAUUCGAGAUGAUGAAAUAAAUGCCAAUAAAUAAGA